AUGACUCUCCCUUCCGUCUCUUCCUCGCUGUCGCGAGGCCGCUCUUGCCAGGAUCGUUUCCGAGCGUGCACCCGUCACUCUUCUUCUCUCUCCGUCUACCAUCGCGACAGAAGGAAACGCAUGCAACCUGCUCUUCAAUCUCAUCUCGCUUUCUCCACUGCGCCUUCUUCCCCGUCCUCUCCCUCGUCCUCUCUCUCGUCUUCUCCCCCAUCUUCUUGGCCGUCUACUUCUUCCUCUUCUUCGUCUUCUUCUCACGUGUCUUUGUCUUCUCUCGGGAGUCGACGCUGGCGGGUUCAGCCUUUCAAGCCUCGCUGUUCGCGCCCCGGCUCAGCCGCCGUGUCUCCUGCCCAGCUUCUUCUCCUUCACCACCUGAUUCGCCAUCCGCCUGUCGUCCUCCCUGCCGCGUCUUGGUCGCCUUCUCUUCCUCUCUCUCAAUUUCCCGAGUCUCCGCAGGCCGCGACUGCCCAUGCGCUCGCUCUCGCGUCUUCUCUCCACCCUGGGGCGCCUGUCAGAAACGAAGCGGUCUCUGAAUCCAGAAGCGCGGAAGGACGGCCUCUUCUCUCCGCCGUCGCGCGAAACGGACUCGCCUCUUCUCUCUCCUCCGAAGCUCUCCGCGCCUUUCUCGACGGAUCCUGGCAAUCUUUCCUCCCUGGAGACGGCUCGUCCACCUCCCGGUCUCCUGGCGUUUUCGCCUCUUCUUCAAAUCGCCUGUGGUUGCUCGCGCUGAUCGCCCCGCCGUCCUGUGACAGACGUGUGAGGGAAGUCCUCGAGGCCUGGCUAGCGCAUGCAGUCGGGAAAAAAGAUCCGGAACUGCAAACUGUCUUGCCGAGUGUCCUCCCCGCCACGGCUCAAACGGGAACGGCCACGGCACGGGAAACUGCGUUCAACCAAGACGGCGAACGAGAACAACACCUGCCGCUCGUGCUUCUCGCGGCGAGUCUCCACAACCUGCGUCGCUGGGACUUGCUCCAGCGCCUAAUGACAGAAGACUGUUUUCUCUCCUCUGCCGCCUCUUCGCUUCCUCUGCCUCUUCUUGCCUUCUUUGCGCGGCUCUACAUUCGCGUGUCGGGUCUGGACGCUCACCUCGCGUUCUCUUCUUCGUCUGGGUCGCCUCCGCUCCGGGGCAAGAUCCAAAAUCAAAUGCUUCGAAAGGAGCACGAAGGAUUCUUCAACGCCCUAGCUACUAGCCUGGCGCUCGCCUCCUCGCCUUCUCACUUUCGCUUCCCACCCGACAGCUACGCCGUCUGCCUGCAGGCACUGGCGCUCUUCCACUACGCGCCGCAGGCUUCCUUCACGCUUUCCUCGCGCUCUGCGUCGAGUCUCUCUCGCGCGUCUCCGCAGGGAAGAUUGCCGAUUGCUCGCGAGAAAGACACGCCCCACGCAGACUGUCUUUCCGGGAUUCUGCGCGAGCCCGAGUACGCCCCGCAACUCCACGUCUUUGACUCCUCGGAACUGAACGAGAUCUUUGUGCGCGGGUUCUACCGGCUCCUUCUCGACGAGGGCUUGGGGAAGCGCGCGCGGGAGAGAGAAGAAACGCGAGGGAGAGAAGCGCGCGCGGAAGAGGUACAGAGUGUUGGGGAGACGUUCAGCGAGACGAACCCGACACAGAACAGGCCGAAGAAAGAGGCACUCUCUCUCGGAGGCCUGAUGCGCCUCACAGACGCCCUACUCCUCCGAGACGCCUUCAUGAGAGAACAAUUCUCGCUCCUCCGGGACAGGCACCUGGCGACGUUCUCGUCGGCGGGCUCGCGAUCGGGUCUCCCCGGAGGGGAACCGAAGGGCCACAGACGCGGAGACAGCUCCGCGGAAGUAGACCCGGUUUUGGAGGAAAUGCACUGUUUCUGGCGCGUCUACGUUGAGCACCAAGAGGCGGUGCUCGACGCGCUCGCUCGAAAACUUUUGAAGGUCGACGCCGAGGCGUGGCUGGCCGUCUCGCCCCGCACGCUUCUGCAUCUUCUCCAUGCUUUGCUGCGACUCCAUCGAAUCAGUCCCGACUGCCUCGGCGCCUCUGCGCGACGAAAACGCGGCCAUCAUUUCCACUCUCUUCCCACGCCAUAUGCAUCUCCCCGUUCUUCUUCUCCUUCUCCUUCUUCUUCUCUCUCGUCUUCUCCUCCGUCUGAGUUCCAGUCUGACGCGUUCUCUGGUCGGCCAGAAGAGGGACAGGUGCGCGCGGAAGGAGCGGCUGAGUUUUCGGAUGGUUCCAGAAUUCCGCGAGAAGCGAGAGAGCCGUGUGAGAACGUUUCUUUGCCGAGAGAACAGGAGACAGGCGAUCCGGGACUCUGGCGAAACGCGCUGUGGGCAAGCAUGCUUCGAGAUGCCAUCGAUGCUGUGGGGGGACCUGGAACUUCCGGGCCGAUUGCUGCGUAUGCCGCAUCUGCCGGUCCUCUCUCGCCUCCUUCUUCUCUCUCGCUUUCUCCUUCUUCUUCUCUCUCGUCUUCUUCUUCCCUCUCGCCUCCUUCUCUCUGUCGUCCUGCGUCUCUGUCUCCAUCCGCGUCGGCCGGUGCGAAGGGCGAUCUGUCGAGUCCUUCGCUUCCGCCCGUCUUCCUUCUUUUCGCUCGCCUCCUCUCGGAAAUCCGCCAGCGAUCGGAACUCGAAGCAGUCGAUGCGGCUCUCCUUCUCGACGCGGUUGCCGCCAUCUCCUCCCAUCCUUUCACCCGUUCCUUCUUUGUUGAUGUCAGACGAGCAAACGAUAGAGGCUCGUCCCGGCCUCACCUGACUGCUUCAGUUCCCUCAGAUUCUUCAGUUUCCUCAGCUUCUUCAGUUUCCUCAGAAUCUUCAGUUUCCUCAUCUUCUUCAGAUUCUUCGUCGGCGUCGGGCCGAGUCGCGCGUCGGUCCGUGAGCGUCGAGCGCCUGGCUGAGAGUUUCUUUUCGCUCCGCGAACUGGGCUCUGAAGUUGCCUCGCAUCCUCGGCACCUCGCCCAAGAAGCGCAAGUCGAAGAGGCUUGGAAAUCGAUGGGCGUCAAAGCGCUCCGGAUGAGUCCCCCCGUCGCACGCGGGCCGGAAGAAAGCCCAGAACGCACAACACGGACAGAUCAAACAGGCACAGACGAAACUUCCGUCAACCUAACGAGCGAACCACCUGGGGUCCAGGAGGCAAUCUCGCCGGCUUCUAUGUCUCCUUCUCUGUCUCCUUCUGCUUCUUCCUCUUCAAUAUCUUGGCGGUUUCCAGCAGUCGACGACGGCCUCGUGCGCGGUGUCGUUCAAAAUGCAGUCUUUCGAGAUGUGCACGGCCUCACCCUCCCUGCUGCGCUUCUUCUCCUUCAGGCUCUGCGCGAUCUCCAGGCGUUCGAUAAUUUCCCGCUCCUGGAGCUCCUGCUUACCAACGUCCUGAGGGAAGCCCACAACCUGGAACCCCAGCAAAUCCUCUUUGUUGCGGCCACGCUUCACGGCCUCCGACACUCUCUUGUUCGGGCGCUCUCUUCCUCCCUUUCCUCUCCGUCCCUCUCUUCCUCUUCUUCCGCUCUUUCUUCUUCGUUUCCUGCAUCGUCUCGCUCGCCAUCCUGCAUCGCGGAAAAGGCGUCGACCGAGCCAGCGGCUGCUCACAGCGCUUUACAUCGGGCGGACUGUCGGCGAGAAGAAAAACGAGCCUGUUUCGCCGCCGUCAAAGAGAGACGGCGACAAAGAAGGCGCCUGAAAUCGGUGCGGCAAAUGGAGCGCCAAGUGUUCGAGAUGUUCAUCGACCGGCAGCCCGACUUUUUGCAUGCGCCGCGAGAGUUCGCUGCUCUGUUCUACGUGUUCAGCAAAGGCGGCCUGUUGACUCCUGCGUCUUGCCUCAAGCUGCGGCCGAGUUGUGUGGCGCUGCUGCCGCGCUUUUCCCCACGCGAUCUCACGCUCUUCUCCCUCGGGGCUUCCCUCUCCGUCGCGCCCUCCGCGGCGCUUCUGGCCCUACCUGAGGUUCUCUCCGCCCUGUUUUCCGCCCUCGCCGCCUCGCUCGCGGCUCUGUCUCCGCGGGAACUCGCUACCUGUUUCUGGUGCAUGCACGCGCUCGGCUGCGUGGGGUCGGGGCCCCAGGCUGAACUGCGGCGGCUGGUCGACUCCACGAUGCAACACCUUCACAGGCAAAUGCGUCUCUUUCCUCCAAAGGAACUUCUCUUGAUCGCCCUCACUGUUGCGCGGUCUGAGCUGCGCAGGCAGCCGAUCCUCCUCGACCUCUUCCGCGCCGUGUACGCCUUCCUGCCGCUCUACGAGCCUGACGAGCUCGCGGUGGCUGUCUUCGCCUUUGGUCGCGCACGCAUCGUUGACGAAGCCAUUGAGCUGGGCUUCCUUCACCAUCUCGCUCGGUCUGUCCCCUUCUUUUCUCCUCAAGCUCUCGCGCAGGUCGUGCUCGGUCUCUACUCUCUUCAACGUUCCUCUCCCUCUUCAUCCUCUCCCUCUUCAUCCUCUUCCUCGUAUUCCUCUUCCCCUGCGUCUCACGUGUUUGCUUCGUUUCCUUCUCCCUCGCUCUCCGCUUCUGUGGCACAGAAGCGAGAAGAGAUCCGGUCUCAGCUUCUUCCGCGGAUCCUCGCCGAGGCAGACUCCCUGUCUGGUCGACACUUGGCCAGCAUCUUCAUUUGCUCCGACGCGCUCGCGCCGACGGAGCACGACCUGCGACAGCUGAUGCGGGCCCUCUUGCGCCCCGCCCCUCAGCUGCGGGAGGCACAGAAGCGCGAAAAGGAGACUACGGAGGGACCAGCAGAAGGAAAGAAAGACGCAGGGGGCGGUUGUGGAGUGCGGGUUUCAGAGGACGGCCAAACGAAGCUCGUGUCUUGUGGUUCUGGCUCGGGAGGUGCGCCACGGGAGAAGCGCGAAGCGCGGCGAGACGGGCGUGUCAAACUGGAAGACAUCAACAAGCUCUGCAUGCUCUCCGCACUCGAGCUCGUCCGCGUGCUCCAGAUCACGGCGAGUCUCAGUUUCUUUCCUCUGUCUUUCGUCAAGUGCCUUCUCUUUGCUCUUCGGAAAAAAGCCGCCCACCUCGACUCUCUCCAGCUUCUGAGUGCUCUGUACGCCCUCGACCAGCUUGGGUACGCGCCGCCGCGCCUGCGCUGGCGUCUCGGCUCGCUGGCAAAGGAGCGAAUCGAAAACUACAAAAUCAACAUGUCGGAACUUGUCGCAGCGUCUCCAGUCCUGGACCGCCUUGGCGUCUUCCAGAGACUCGACGUGAAAGUGCAACACGAGAUCUACGACCGCCUGGACGAAGAGACGCGCCGCCACAUCGCCGAGCCUCUCCCGCCUCCUGACCCGAGCGAGGCCACGUCGCUCGUCGCGCCGAGGGCCCGCAACCUCGCCUUGCUGCGUCCCAGCAGAAUGGAGGGCGGGAAGGCUGGAUCUUCGAAAGUCUGCCUCCUCUUCCCCAAGAAAACGCGGGGAAAACGGCCGGUGCCGUCAGGAUUUCUUGAGCUUCAGCCUGGCCCCGACCCUCGGGAUGCCAGAGUGGCCGAGAGAGAAGGGAGCGCGCGCGGCGUCAGCUACAACUCACAGAAAAAGAAGAGAACAGCCGCGCCUUCGCCGGAGGAAGAAGCGCUGCGCAGAGAAGAAGAAGAACGAGCGCAAGAGUGGGGAUCACGCGAAGAAAAGCAUGCAGCGGAAAUCUUCAGAGAAGCGAUUCGACGACUCUAG